AUGAACUUGGGAGAUAAAUCAAUCACCAUGGAUUUGGUUCAAUCAUCUGAGCAUCUUUGCUAUGUCCGGUGCAACUUCUGCAACACUGUUCUUGCGGUUGGGAUUCCAUUCAAGAGGCUGUUAGACACCGUCACAGUGAAAUGUGGACAUUGCAGCAAUCUCUCCUUUCUUAGCACCAGACCUCCACUUCAAGGACAAUGUUUUGAUCAUCAAACAAGUCGUGUCCAGGUUUUCGGCAGUGAAGUUAAGAAGGGACAAUCUUCAUCAUCUGCCUCGUCCACGUCCAGUGAACCCUUGUCCCCGAAAGCCCCAUUUGUUGUGAAACCACCUGAGAAGAAGCAUAGGCUUCCAUCAGCCUACAAUAGGUUUAUGAAGGAAGAGAUACAGCGCAUCAAAGCAGCCAAUCCAGAGAUACCGCAUCGAGAAGCAUUCAGUGCAGCGGCAAAAAAUGUACAUUCCAAACACACCAGGGUCUAUUUCCAGCAGCAGCAACAACAACGUUUAGCAGUGCGGAAGAAACAUGAGAUGGACCCCGAAGAUUGGAAGUGA